AUGGACAGCACUGAUUUCGCCGUGUUCCUCGUCGAGCGGAUGAGAAUAUCUGCCGUAACCAAGAAAAUCGAUUUGGCAUCUGCGGUGGUGUUCUUCUACGACUAUUUGCUCACCAUUGGAAUGGAGGUCAAAUACAUCUGGCCAGGACCGUUAACUGGCAUGAAGGUGCUCUACUUCCUUCAGCGAUAUCUCCCUUUUAUCGACACCGUGUGGAUAGCUGUUCAAGUAAAUUUCGCUCCCAACAUGGACGCGAAGACGUGCAUGACGAUGAAUGGAGUAGGGAGGUCUCUUAUGUGCUUAGGGUUGACUUUGUCGGAGUUGGUUUUAACCUUUCGAGCUUGGGCUGUCUGGAACCGGGACAGGGUGCUGACAUUUGCCCUUCCCAUUCUCUUCGUCGGAUGCUUCCUCCCACCCGUCGUGAUUUUUGGUAUAUUCAUUGGCACAACGAAAUUUAUCGGCCUUCCACCCCCGUCUACGGGUUGCGUUCAAAUUGGAGGCGACCCAAUUAUAACCAUCAAUUGGAUACUUCUUCUCGUGUGGGAUGCUCUCAUCUUGAUCCUCAUGGUAAUUCCGGCUAUAAAAGCCUACAGAUACAGAGGGAAUUCGGCACUGUAUAGAGUAGUGUAUGGAGAAGGGAUCGUGUACUACUUCUACCUCUUCAUGCUUUCGACGAUCAAUAUUGUGUUGCUUCGCCUCAACAUUGAUGAAUCCUACCGAUUCAUGCUGACCUCGUACGCCAUGCUUGUUCCUCCUCGAUGUCUCGUUUUCUGA